UUUUAUUUCUUAUUCAGUCUCUUAUUGUUUUACAAGAUGGCUUUAACAAAAAUCAUUACACUGACCAUCGUGUCACUUUUUAUCUUAAUAGCAAUUACAGCCGUUAGUGGAAGACCCAGUGGUACAGGAGGAAGUGGUGGCAGUUACGGCAAAGGAUAUAAUGAAAUCAAUAAGGACACAAGAACACGUAUUAUUAAAGCGGUCGCAACUAGUGAUGGUGACAGUGACAGUGACACUAACCUACAAAAAAAAAUAUGGAAUUCACCAAAAAGUGGUAAUUCCGAAGGAAGUGGUAGUAAAAGUGGCCUCAGUAGCAAAGGCGUUGAUACAACUAAGAAGUUAAGCACUGACAAAAAAAAAUAAAGCUGUCGCAACUAGUGAUGGUGACAGUCAAAAAUUAUGGGUUAAACCAAAAGGUAAAAAGUAUUAAUUAUCUUUUCACUGUUAUAUUAUUUUUCACAUUUAUUAUCAAUUAUAAACAUUAAUAAAAAAUAAACAAUUAAAUUUGAAUUUAUUUGUAUUUUCGUUCAACGUUUUUAAUAAUUUCAUUGAUUGUAUUAUUUAAUUAUUUACAUAACAAAUACACAUUA